GGGCGCUUGUUUGGACUUUCGUCAGCGACGUCAGACGAACCGUGUCAGCAUCAGCCAGGGUGAGCUGUCUUGUGUUCGGAUUGCACUUGGUGAUAUGCAGCGGCACCAAGCAACAGACGUACAUGGAGUUGAUCGAGUACAAUUUUGAGGCGUGCUGUAGAUGACUGCAAAUUCAGGACUGCGCUUUGAUGUGACUUUACGAUACUGCGGGGUUACCAAAGCAUCGCUUCUCGGGUACUUCACUGCAGUAGCAGAACGUGCUGGUUAAAAACGGAAGCUCCAUAGUGAACGACCUGCAGAUUAAUCAAUAUAAAGUGGGUAUCUGAACAUCAUAGCUGCCACACCGUUGCGCGGUUAGAAUGCUCGUAUCGGCCUCGCAGACUAUGGAGACAACGACUUUCUUCCACAGGAGCCUCGCCAAUGCAACUAAGGAACUCCUGGCCAGUGUCACGGAUGCCCCGUCGGACCUGGAGUCCUUGGACCAACCCGGGUGUGACUUCGUCUUAAAUUUAUCCUCUGGUGCGGACUUGGAGUUCUUCUUAUAUAGUCAGAUUGAUAUCUUCUUCCUGACGGUGUUUCUACCUAUCGUAAUGGUGGUAGGGGUCCUAGACAAUGCAGCUUUCAUAUACGUGGUUCUCCGAAUUCCCCGUAUGCAUACCGUGACUAACUGCUACCUAGUGGGCCUAUCCGUCGCCGACAUUAUAUUCCUAGUGUUCGCCAUCGGCAGCAGACUCUGGUGCUACGUCAGGUCUCCCAUCGUCGGGGACGACAACCCGCUGGGACUGGCCGGCUGCCGGCUCAACCAGUUCAUGGUCAACACCUCCUACUUCGCCUCACUGUUCUUCAUCACCCUGGUGUCCUGGGAGCGGUUUAACGGCGUGUGUCGCCCCCACAAGCGAAGGGAUAGCAAGCUCAUGGUCCUGGCCAGCGUGGUCCUCUCCACGACUGUCUCUGGCAUCUUGGCCGCGUCGCUUCUAGUCAGCUACGGCGUGGAGUCGUACGAUUGUAUCACUUGGCCCUCGUCUCCCAAGUACACCGACUGGCCCGACAGGCGAAUGUUUUGCGGUGUGGCCUUCCCCUGGGCGGACAAGUUCACCUACGCGACGCAGACUGUCCCGUUCUUUGUCUCCCUGAUCGCCAACACCUUUCUUUACUAUAGAAUCAUCCAUGGCUUAGACCAGUCGAUCCGUCGGACACAGCAGUCCAACCAUCGCAAAAGCAGAGACUCGUCCACGCGCAACCAGGUCGCCCGGAUGCUUGUCAUCAACGGGGUAGCUCUCUUUGCCCUCCUGGCCCCCUUCGAGAUCAUGUCCCUCUUCAGCCUGAUCGCAAUGUUCCGUGAGGGCGAGUUCAUCCUGGACUUAGACGUCCGUCAGGUCGUGGUUUACAUCGCACGGGUCCUCUCCUAUCUCAACUCCAUCGUCAACCCCAUCAUAUACACGGUGUUCAGUAGUCGGUACAGGGAGGCCUUCCAGAUCGCCUUCCUGCCGGCCAAGUGCCGGCCCCGGCCUAAGAGCUCGGAGAACUCUCAACCUGGGAGCACUGGACGCAGCGGCACCAUGACCACACGAGCCCAAGAGUCUCGCAUAUGAGCAGGGCUCCAAGACUGGUACAGUUGAUUUGCAGUUCGAACGCCGCUCUAUUCAACUGACAAUCUGCCCGAUGCAUAAUGGCAAUGUUAGGCCAGGCUCUUUGCACUCGUAAGUUGUACCUUAGAAAACAUCCUUGCAUGACUUUCCACAUCUUGUCUUUAUCAUGUUAUUCAGUAUAUUCACUAUGACAAAAUAGAUUAGUACGACUGAAGACUGUAGCUAAAUUUAGCUCAAACUUUAACGUAUGUUAAAAUUGUUAUUCUUAAUACGUUCCAAAUCUUAUCAAGAACGAAUAUCUUUGUCUGACUUUCUCCAAGAUAGCUUGCCCCGCAAGCUAGCAUUUGACACUUUUUUGUUCAAAACAUUUUCUUUUGUGGAUAUGGAUCGAUAGAAUUUAAGUAUUGUAACCUCGAAAAAAAAAUCGCACGUGGAAAAAUGCUUGGCACUGUUUUACACACAUUAAACACAACGUCACUGUAUUUUUAUAACUGAAUAAUUAUGGGACCAAGAAAACUAAUGUUUAUUCUUCGUCCGUUGGGUACAAAAAUGUCCUUC